AUGGAGGGAAAAAAGCAAGGCGGUUCAUCAUCAUCGCCGUCGUCUUUCACUUCUGAUCUUUUUGGUUCGAAGGAUUCCAGUAGUUCAUCCUCUUCAGGGAUUUUCGGGUCAAUCUUUGCUCCUUCGUCCAAAAUGUUGGGGAGAGAGUCUUUGCGUUCUGAGGCAGUAGAGAAGAAGCACGACUCUGCCAGUCAAUCUUGGAGCACCAAACCUGGAGCCCCAGACACUCCCCCUUGGAGCAAUGAAGAAGGAAGUCAGAGCAUAAGUAACAGGGACGUGACUUCGUUUUAUCACCAAGAAAAAGUUCAACCAUGUCAUCUCAGCUCAUCAAUAUACUAUGGCGGACAAGAUGUCUAUUCUCAACCUCAGAAUACCCAGACCUCUGGGUACUCCAAUUUUAAUAAAAAUUGGGGAGAAGAUGACUCCGGCAGUGCUUCAAGAGGAAACUGGUGGCAAGGUUCUCUCUAUUAUUAGGUGCUCAUCACCCAUGGCUUGUGAACUUUACAUGGUAUUUUAUUUAUGGAACUCUUUUUGAGAAAUUAGAUGCGAGUUCUUUUAUUGUUUUUCGUUCUCAAUUCUAACUUGUAAAAAGACCUUGAUAAGUUCCAGACAUGGACCAUUCAAUAGUGUUUCCUUGGAUGUUCAUAGACUCUGAGACUAGGUUAUCUAGUCUAGUGAUGUUUUCGUCACAAUUUUGCACAUCAUACAUAUCUCUAAGCUACCAUGUGCAUUGAAUGUUUUUAGUUUCUAGGUUUGAAAAUUUCUGCUGAGGCGUAAAUAGAUUUAUUGUCUUUGAAUUCCAUGAUCUGGGAUACAAAAAUUAAUUUUAGAACUGGGGUAAUUCAGAAAAUGAAACUCUCUUUUAUAUGAAUACCACCAUCACUCCCAUUUGCCAUUUGGGGUGUCAAUUUUUCACAAAUAUUAGCACGACAUGAACCCAUGAACCCAAAAAAACCAUAGCGGGAAAGAAGAUUGAAAAAAUUCAAAUGGAAAGAAGUUUGCAUGUGAAGGACUAUAUCAUUGAUGAUGUUUCAUUUGAAUGCUAUUCCUCCCAAAUUGAUAUGCUUAAUAUCUUCUCUUUUAUUUUCCUUUGCAGGUAUUCAAAAAAUUAGGGCAGCAGCUUUUAAUACUACUGAGUUCUCUGAAAGAUGGAUAGUAGCCAGGUCGUUGUGGGCAGCCCGUAAUUCCUGCCAAGCAUUAUAUGUAUUCGACAGUUAUAUGUUCUUUCUAGGGACUUGGUAUGCCAGUCUCCUUUUGUGGUGGAAAGUUUUAACAAGAAAUUCUGUAGAGUCUUUGUGUGGCUGAACUUUCUUUACUGUCUUACCCAAAAAAAUGACAUUUGCUAGAAACUCUUCCAUCAUCCUCCUCAAUGGAUAGUGACCCAACAUGUGGAACUAUUUUGUAAUCUGUAUUAUGGUUUUGUUCACAACGUACUGUUGAUUUAGCUCUUGCUUGGUGUGUGGACCAGUAGGAGAAUUAUCUAGUGAUAUAUCCAACAAAUUGUCUCAGAGCCAU